UGACAGCCAGUUACAUGUUUUCAUAUUAGUCAGUUGUCAGCUGCUCUCGUGAUGUGAAUUUAAUUCCGAGAAAAUUUUGAUUUUGUGUCGUAAAUUUACAUUAUUUCGACAAGUUCCGAGGAUGAACGUCGAAGACCUGUACUGGUUUUCAUUCACGUUGGUUACUAUCGUGAGCUACUUUACCUUCAAGUUGCUGACUCGUUACCGAGAUUUUUUCACUGUUCGGGGUGUUGCCUUCGAGAAGCCGCACUUCAUCUACGGCAACCUAAAUGAUGUUUUGAGUGGAAAGAUUUCCUCGUUGGAAUUGAUUCAGCAAUUUUAUCGAAAGUUUGAAAAUGCACGCAUAUUCGGCUUCUACAAUUAUCUCAGUCCGGCGUUCUACAUUCGCGAUCCCGAGCUGAUCGAAAAACUCUGGGUGCAGGAGGGAGCGCACUUUGCAAACCAUGGCUAUUUUUUAGACGAAAGUAAAGAUACCAUUCUCGGUAAUCAGCUACAUUUACUAAAGGAUAAAAAAUGGAGCCAAAUGCGAUGCACUUUGGGGGCCGUAUUGUCCACCCAAACUGUGACCUCAAUGACGUCUCUGAUUCGUACAAAUUCGAUCGAUUUGGUUGAUUAUCUGAAAAGUUCCAGCAAUACUGAAAUGGAGUUCAAAGAAGUGGCUCUAAAGCACACAUUCAACGUGGUAGCCAGUUGUGCCUUUGGGGUCAAGUUGAACACAUUUACGGAUGAGAACGACAAACUCUGUCAUGUGGGUUAUUCCGUCAUGUACGGAAACAAUCCCGUUCAGACGUUCAAAACAAUGUUGUUUUAUUUGUUUCCUAAAGUAAUGAGUAAAAUGAACGUUCAACUGAUGGAGGCCAGCCACUCGAAAUAUUUCUUGAGCCUUCUAAAAUCAGCGACUAAGAAUCAUCACCAAAAAAACACGAACCGGUCAAGUGUAAUCCAGUUACUGAACCAAGCGACCCAAGGGGAACUGAGAGUGGACGAAGGAGAACGAGCUUACCUACAGAUAAAAGAUGUCGCCACCAGGACAUGGAGCGAUGAAGAACUGGUCGCCCAAUGUGUGGCUUUCUUUGGUAGCAGCUUCGAGAGCAUGGUCAAUUUAAUCUCAUUUGCGUGCUAUGAAUUGGCUGCCAAUCCAAACAUUCAACAAAAGCUGCUGGAAGAAAUUCGGUCCUCUUUGAAGGACGGUCCCCUUACCUACGAAACUGUUAACGAGAUUACAUAUCUGGACAUGGUUGUAUGCGAAACGCUAAGAAAGUGGCCGGCCUCACCCUCGUGCGACAGAGAAUGCUCCCAAGAUUAUCUGCUAGCUCAGGAUGAUCUAAGGCUUCAGUUCCGGAAAGGUGAUUCAUUGUGGGUUUCGGUUUGGGCCAUGCAUCGUGAUGAACGCUAUUUUCCUGACCCCGAGCGGUACGAUCCUGAGCGGUUUGGUGAGACGAGGAAAGGUGAAAUACGUGCCAAUACUUACCUACCAUUCGGGAUAGGACAGAGAAACUGCAUUGGCCGACGAUUAGCUUUACUCGUAGUUAAGAUUACAUUAGUUGACCUAAUUCAAAACUUCCAGUUGAACUUAGGAAGCAAGUUGAAAGAACCGCUUCGUCUGGCAAAAGCUUCAUUCGCUUUGGAACCGGAUGGAGGAUUUUGGCUUCAAUUGACCCAUCGAUAGAAGCUUGUAUUUCGUUUAUGGCAACCGUUUAUGUUAAUUCUUCGAAAAUUAGUACUUUAAAUAGAGUUAAACAUUAAAUUUUUUUAUUUACAUUUAAUUUUCCACCUUUCGAAAUAGAGACAACAACCAGUGCAACCUGCUGACUGAUUUUUGUUUUCGGUAUCGCUUACCGUAUUAAAUGUGUAUAUUCUCUUAUAAACCAAAGUUCUAAGCAGCCAUGCUUUAUGCAGUA